UCUCAGGCCGGCUAACUUUGGUGAGCGUCACACCAUUGAUACGUACUUCAAUCAAGGCUCGUCUCGGGAGGCUUACGCCUGGCACUUCCAAAAUAAGUGAAACACAUAUCUUUGCAUGUGCUGCAGGUAUUAUUGGCUGAGACUAUCAACAUCAUCUUCGAGUGAGUCGGUGGAGUAGUGGUAACUACCAACCUACUCUUUACCUCAUCUCCCUAGCUUAUACUCCUCUUGUCUCCGCUCCAUAAAUUUCGGUGACUUCUGUAUCCUGCAUCAUUGGGAACGCGACAGAACACCGUGCUAGACCUUGAUGCUUAAUAGUAUCUGGACGCUAAUCAAUGUUUGAUCGGUCUUACUGAAAAAUUAACGAACAAGACCAAUAAAACCAUGGCAGAAUCCAUUCAGCACAUCAUCUCUUUAUCGUCUCGCCUACAUUCCCAUGAUUUCCUAUCAAAGAGUGAUUAUGACUGGCAGAUUCAGGAGCUGAUCUCGAUUCUUAAGAGAUCCAAUUACAGUCUUCUCAGCGGGGGUCUUCUGACUGACUUAGAUCCCUUCGAACACACGUUACCUUUCUUAUUCGCUUUGCUAUGCCAGAUUGACUCGGUGCAAAGCAGAACUAGAAGCGCUUUGCCUGAAGACGUCAAGCCCGGCGGCAAGCUAUGGUCAAAGACUAUACAGUUUCUAAGAACUCUCAACAGUUCACAAAUUUGUUACGUUUGGCGUGAAUGGUGCCAACUUGUUGAAGUCAUCCUGCGAGCCGCAGAGAAUGUCGGCAAGCCACUUUUAGCGGUCCGCGUGACAAGCGAUGCUAUCUUGCGAGUGGACCCAACUGCCAGUCUUUUUACUUCGUUUCAUCCCACUUUCCUCCGACUCUGCCUUCUGUCGCAGGCUCAUAGCUACGCGUUACCCAUCCUCGACAAGCAUAUAUCUAGAUAUCGUACAGGCUUUGAGUUGCCCCCCAAGAACGCAGGCGGGUACAUACUGAGCUCAGACAACUAUACGGACAAUCAUGCGACGGAGGCGACAGACAUGUCUACAAGGUUGACGCACAGGGAUCUUUCGAAGUACUAUCUCUACGGCGGGAUGAUAUACAUGGCACUUAAAGAGUGGGAUAAGGCACUGCACUCGCUGAGUAUUGUAAUCUCAUUGCCUGUUGUUAACUCUGUGAGCAAGAUUAUGGUUGACGGAUUCAAAAAAUGGGUCCUUGUCAGCUUACUCAGGCACGGCAAGCUUGCUACGACUCCGAAGAUGAUAUCUACACAUGUGGCGAGAGCAUAUCAGGCUCUGGCAAAACCUUAUGUAUCACUGGCAGAUGCAUUUGAGAAGGGCGAUCACCACAGGUUACGCACUGAGGCGGAUUUAGGAAAACCAAUUUGGCGUGCUGAUUGCAAUCAGGGCCUUGUUCAUCAAAUCUUCCGGGCUUAUGAUAUGUUUCUUGUACUGAAACUCGGCAGCACUUUCUCGGCUUUAACCACGGGACAUAUUGCAAAGAGAGCCUCCUCUAGCUUAGGCUCGACAACAAGCAUUGAGAGCUUGGUCGCAUGCUUGGUGAUGUCCGAAGUCCUAGAGGCAAAGCUUCUUCAACUGCAACGUGAUGAAUUUCCGACCAUGUUACGUUUUCCUACGUCGGUGCGGGUUCACUCCAAACGGCGGGAUAUAACAAGGCUCGAGCUCUUGAGGAAGGGCUAUACACUCGAGCUUUUGGCUCGCGGCAUUGGCGAGAGAAAUAACGAGUUCAGGAUGGGCCAUGAUAACAUAGACUUUCUUAUGAAGUGUCAGGGGUGGCCUGGGAUUUCAGGGAAAGGCACCCAGGGCGGUUUUGAUAGUACUAUUGCAGGAGUAGAGGAGGAUAUUAUGGGUGACAUCAAUUGAAAUGUAAUAGAUGCCAUCAUCUACUAUGUACGGGUCCAUAUAAAGUAGUGCGAUGUUCUCCGGCUUAUCGAAAAGGUACUAAACAC